UAGCUGCAAUGACUACAGCAAGGUAUAGGCCUACAUGGGAUUUGGCAUUAGAUCCACUAGUUUCCUGUAAGCUCUGUCUUGGGGAAUAUCCAGUAGAACAAAUGACUACAAUUGCUCAGUGCCAGUGCAUUUUCUGCACACUGUGUUUAAAACAGUACGUUGAGCUUCUGAUUAAAGAAGGUUUAGAAACUGCAAUUAGCUGCCCUGAUGCUGGUUGUCCAAAACGUGGUCACAUACAAGAAAAUGAGAUUGAAUGUAUGGUGGCAGAGGAAAUUAUGCAAAGGUAUAAGAAGCUGCAAUUUGAGAGAGAAGUCCUUUUAGAUCCCUGUAGAACUUGGUGCCCUUCAUCAUCUUGCCAGGCUGUGUGUAAACUUCAAGAACAAGGGCCACAGAAUGCACAGCAUGUACAGUGCUCAUCAUGUGACACUGAAUUCUGUUCUGCAUGCAAGGCCAACUGGCACCCAGGGCAAGGGUGUCAAGAAAACAUACCAAUAACAUUUCUGCCUGGAGAGUCAAGCUCUGUUUUUAAAGCUGUUGAUGAUGUACCAAUAAAACGCUGUCCUAAAUGUAAAGUCUACAUUGAACGAGAUGAAGGUUGUGCACAGAUGAUGUGUAAAAACUGCAAGCACGCCUUUUGUUGGUACUGCUUGGAGUCCCUUGAUGAUGAUUUCCUACUCAUACAUUAUGAUAAAGGACCUUGUCGAAACAAAUUAGGUCAUUCCAGGGCAUCUGUCAUCUGGCACAGAACACAGGUUGUGGGGAUAUUUGCAGGAUUUGGCCUAUUACUUUUAGUAGCGUCACCAUUUCUUUUAUUAGCAACACCAUUUGUUUUGUGCUGCAAAUGUAAAUGCGGUAAAGGAGACGAUGACCCUUUACCAACCUAACGCUGAAGAAAGCUUUUUUUUUUGGUAACCACUUCUUCCCUACACGCUGGACUCUACAAAGCAGCCUUAUUUGUCCCAUCCUGCUCUUAGUGAAACAAACUGUGACAUUGUAUGAAGAACUUGUGUUUCAGCAGACGACAAGAAGAAAUAAAGGCUCCAACAAUAAAAAUGAUUAAGGUCUCGAAUUACAAACUCAUGAACGGUUUACAAGUUUUGUAAAUAAGCAUUUUUUUUUACUUUAAUACUUUUUAAUGCUUUUAUUUUUUUCAUUGAAGUUUGUGUUUUUAUUUUCAUUUUAAUAUUAAAUGUUAUAUGUCUAAUAUAUAAAUAUAUUUUUUAAACUGCAUUGUUUGAAGGGGAACAUAUUCAUAUAAAAUGUUUCACAUUUUUAUUCAGCAAGUUAAAAUAAUUGCACUGCUAUCUCGGUACAAUAAUGUAAUAUGCACUUAUUCAUCAGAAUAAACCUUUCAGGUUCAGACGUAAAUAUGAUUCUGGAAAACAAAGUACACUUUUGUUUUAGAGAUUAAAGGGACAAGAAAACCCAAAAUGUUUAUUUCAUUAUUUACAUAAAGUUUUAAACCACACAAUUUACUUUUGUUAUCAAAUUUGCUUUCUCUUGGUUUAAAGAGCAUCAGUGCGCUACUGUGAGCUAGCUUAACAAAUUAGGUGAACCAAUGACAAGAGGCAUAUAGUGCAGCAACCAAUCAUCAGCUAGCUCUCAGUAGUGCAUUGCUACAAAGAAAACAAAGCAAAUGAGACAAUAUACGUAAAUUGUAUAGUUGUUUUAAAUGCAAGCUCACAAAAAUUUAAUUUUGACUUUACUGUCCCUUUAAAUCAUAUAGCAUUGAUAUAGCACAAUUCUGCAUCAGUAAAAAAGGGCUUCUUUAUAUUUUUCUGUUCUUUCUUUUUUUCUUUUCGAUCAAAUAUGUAAAUAUUUGACAGGCAACUUACUUACCGUGUGAAGUAUACAAUUUCAUAAAUUGUGGAAAAUAAUUACAACACCUGUGGAUUCAACUACAGAAUACCAGACACUGUGUAAUUAUAGGGCAAUAAAAAAAAAUCUACUUAAAAAAAUAUGAGUUUUAUACCAGUAAAGAGAUGGAUUUUGGUACAGUCCAAAAGAGUGAAUGCAGUGUAAAAAUUAUGAUAAUUGAAAGUGGUGCAUCUAUCACAAUUAAUUUUAAUAAACAAUUAUGUUCUCUACAGAACUCUCUACUUCUUGUAUUACACGUAAUGUAAUUAUGAGAUAAAAAUUGUAUAUGCGCAAA